AACCCAACCAGGGCGGCAGGCAGACCUCGCAACGCGAAACUCAGCCCGGCGCAUUCGUUAGGGACACCCGCGAGAGGAGGCGCCGUAUCAUAGAGAGGAGCCAACAGACGGUCUAGAACGCCUUGGGUUUUCUCUUUCAGUUCCGGUGUGAGAAGUGCGGGGGGGGAGGUCAUAGUUUGAUAUAGUUCGGUCGGUGGCGAGGGGUACGGACUGUCAGCCUGGUUCCGGCGGUUGGGACCCUUGAGGGGGAGCGAGGAUAAGGAAGGCGCGAGCUCUUGGGGAGCAGGGAGGGAGCCUCGCAGGACUGGCAGAUCCCGGGAUUGGCCGAGCGGGCUGCGUGGGCCGAAGUGGAGUGCCGCGGCCUCCUCCCGAGUAUCUUUGGGGAGGGAGCUUUUCGGCGGCGAGCAAGCAGGGAAGGGGCUGGAAGCCCUGGUAGGGCCGAGAGGAAACACUAGGCCGUUCGGCGUUUCUGGUAUUUCGGGGCGUGGAGACAUUGGAGGUCUCCAUGGCAGCCGCAGUAGCUGCGGGGACCUCCGGCGCCCCUCUGAACGCCGUUGCUACCCUCCACGAGGAAGCCGUCUGUGCCAUCUGCCUGGAUUACUUCAUAGACCCGGUGUCCAUUGGAUGCGGCCAUAACUUUUGCCGCGUGUGCAUCACUCAGCUUUGGGGUGCGGGUGGCGAGGAAGAAGGCGACGACGUGGGAGCCUCUGGCUCGGAGAGGGCUGAUGAGGAUGAUGAUGAUGAUAGGGGGAUCGAUGACCUGGGCCCUGAGGAAGACGGGGAUUACGACGACGAUGAGAACGACCUGGAGGACAAUGAUUAUUUAGAUGAUGGAGAUAUGGGCGACGAGGAAGAUGAUGAUGAUGAUGUAUCCAGGGACGGGUACGAUGAUGAAGAUGAAGAUGCCUGGGAGGAUGAUGACAGAGACUACUGGGAGCAGGACAUAUGGGAUUCUACUAUGGGGGAUGAUUUAUUUUUUGAUAAUUAUGAUGAGGAUGAGGAAGUAAUGGAUGAAGAGCCAGAUGAAAUGGCAGAAUAUGCAGUGCCGGCAACUCCGCCUACUCCACAACGACAAUCUUUCACUUGCCCUCAGUGCCGCAAAACUUUUCCUCAUCGCAAUUUCCGACCCAAUCUUCAGCUGGCCAAUAUGGUGCAGAUCAUCCGACAGAUGCAUCCACAACCACCGAAGCCUGCCAAUACUUCAGCUGAUGUGGUGGAGAUGGAGGCAGCAGGGGAUUCCUCAGGGGUGCCAUCUAUUUUAGCUGCAAGUCAUGCUCCAAGAGCCCUGUGUGAAAAACACCAGGAGCCACUUAAGCUCUUUUGUGAGGCAGAUGAAGAGCCCAUCUGUGUAGUGUGCAGAGAGUCACGAACCCAUAAACACCACAGUGUUAUGCCACUAGAGGAAGUUGUGCAAGAAUAUAAGGCUAAAAUCCAGGGUCACUUGGAUCCGUUGAAAAAGAAACUUGAGUCAGUUCUGAAGCAGAAGUCAAGUGAAGAGGAGAAGAUAACAGAUAUCAAGAACAAGAUGAAACUUGAUAUGAAAGAGUUUGAGUCAGACUUUGAGCGGCUGCAUCAGUUCCUGGUUGGAGAACAAGCUACACUGCUUCACCAGUUGGAAGAUCGCUAUGAGAUACUACUAGGCAGCCAGAGUAGCAACAUCUCUCACCUGGAGGAGCAAGGUGCUGCACUAAGCCGUCUUAUUGCAGAAGCAGAAGACAAGAGCAAGCAAGAUGGUUUGCAGCUGCUCAAGGACUUCAAAGGCACUUUAGUCAGUGGAUUUGACUCUGGACCCUGAAACAGCUCAUCCACGGCUCACAAUUUCCUCAGACUGUCGCAGCGUCCGACUUGGGGAACGUUGGCGGGAUCUGCCGGAUAACCCAAAACGCUUUGAUUCCGACUACUGUGUGUUGGCCUUGCAGGGCUUUACGUACGGUCGCCACUACUGGGAAGUGGAGGUGGGUGGCCGGCGAGGGUGGGCUGUAGGGGCAGCCCGCGAAUCGGCCAGACGAAAAGAGAAGUCCAGCAGUGGUUCCCACCAGAAACGGGAGAUCUGGUGUGUAGGAACCAAUGGUAAGAAGUACCAGGCUUUGACUAGCACUGAGCAGACAUCCCUCUCUCCAGCUGAGAAAUUACGGCGCUUUUGUGUCUACCUUGACUAUGAACGAGGCCAGCUAGGAUUCUACAAUGCUGAAAACAUGGCUCAUAUUCACACCUUCAAUGCUUCAUUUCAUGAGCGCAUCUUCCCCUUUUUCCGCAUUCUUUCUAAGGGGACCCGCAUAAAAAUCUGCAAUUGAUGCCGUUGCGGCUAUUGCAUAUAGCUGAAUUUAUCCCUUGAGGCCUCUGCUUCAUCCCACCCCCACCAAAUUAUGCUGAUAAGAGUUUCCCAUCAUCCUUGGACUUUGGUAGAUUCCUUAUCUAGCUCUUAUAUUGGAUUCCUUUUGACAGGGAUUCUUCCCUUCAGUGAGCUCAGUUUUGCACAGUUCUACUUCUCUGGUACUUGACCAGGUCAUGGGUCUGAUUUUAUCUUGCUUAUGGUUCAGAUCCAUUUUGGCAAGAGAGAGGGAGGGAGAGGGAGACCUGCUUCUUUCUCUUUCCUUAUACUUUUGGGGUAUGAUCACACGUCACCUGAUUAUACUAUUCUCAUCUUUAGAUAGCUGAGACCCUGACCUUCCAUGUCUCAAAAGAGAACUUAGACUUUAUUGAGCAUGCAAUUAUAAUGAUUGGUGGGACCUCCCAUGGCUUUUUGACUUGGGUUAAGCAAGCCAAGGCUUGUUCUUGACUGUCUUGAGAUUACUCAAAACUUUAUAGUCAGGCUUUGACAACUUAAACAAUAGACCUACGUGUGAUAACUUUUCUGUUUUGAAUUCCCCUGAUCAGACAAGAGGACUGUUCCAAUAUGUUCUUGGGGUUCGAUCAAAGUCCAUGCUUCAGCUGGGAUAAAGAACAUGUGGCCCUCCAUAUGUUACUGAAGGAAAGUUUCUAAGAGCCCCAGCAAUCAUAGCCUAUGUUGAAGGAUAUAGGAGUUGUGAUUCAAUAACAUCUGGAAAAUCAAUAACCCUAGUGUUACGUCCGUGUUGUUGUCACCACAGCCCAGAUUCCUGUAGCCCUCACAAUAGCUUUGCAUUUUAAAGUAAGGAUCUGUAAAUUAUUACGUUUUUGAGAGAUUCCUAAUGCUACUAUUCCUCUUCAAUUGCUCCAAUGCAAUAUUCUGAUUUCCUGUUUUUGCAAUUUACUAAUAGCCUUUUGGAAAAAAAAAACAAUUGCAAGUUCUGUCCCAUGUUCUUCUUUACGCUUGUUUCAUGUAAUGUUCCAUUUGAACUGUCUCUUAAUCUUUGAUGCUCUUUUCUAUCUUUCCUGCCAUUUAUCUAUUCUAAAAUGUCAUGCUGGCCAUUUGGAGCAAUGACAGUACCUAGUGCUGUUGAGCUGUUGAAUGUCAGUCAUGAUUGUAGAUGUAUGUGUGCUAUCCCAUCAGAUGCUAAGAUCCCAUUAUUGCUAUCUUACUCAUCCUGUCUUCUCACUAUCUGCUUUAAAUAACCUAUUUUAGUCAUUCACUAGUUUUAGCCUUCACUGUGGAGCCUUGAACCUCUGAAGGCUUUAGCUAUGCCAGCCAUGUCGGGUAUUUUUAAAUUCUUUUUGGCUUGACAGAGCUGCUUCUAAACUAUUUUUUGCUAACAAUAUUAAAAGGAAAUCUACUUUUUUGUGAAAAGCUUGCGAGAUAAAGUAAUAAACAAUUAAAUGUUAAAA